CUAUUUUGAUGUUUGCUUUCACCUAAUAAUCCCUAAUAACGUGAUUCAUUCAUGAAAAAAGAGAACUUUGAUUCAUUUAAUUCUGACUAACUUCUGUUAUUAAUAGAGAGCAGGCAAGACAAUACAGCAAUGCUCUAACAGUUUCAUUUCCCUUUGCAUGUUUGAUGCUUCUGCGUUUGACGGUAAUUCUUCUCUAUGUAGGUGCCCUCGAAAACCAACAUGGCAGGGAGAUGAAAAACACAUAGAUGGCGGUGGCGAAGAAAAUUAUGAUGAUAAACAAGUCAGUAAUGGCACCAAUGCUUUUACAAGAAUUCGUUUCCCUUUUUAUCUUUCUAUAUUUGAUGCUUCUUCUUCUUUUUACAUGCAUAGCUAUGCUCACAAAGCAUUUGUCUGGUGGAAAGGAUUUGAUGUCUUGGACCUUUCAUAUAACAACUUUCCUGGGAGAACUCCAUCUGGCUCCCAAACCGGCACUUUUAAUGCUUCUGCAUUUGCAGGUAGUCCUGCACUUUGUGGGCUUCCUCUAACACCAACAUGCCAGGGUGAUGAAAAACCUACGGUUGGUGGUGUCAAAUACAAUCAAGAUGAAGAAGGUGAAUUCUGGAGAGGUUUUAAACCAUGCAUGGACCUUGAAAUGGCUUUCAGCUUUGUUGGGGUUCUAGCUUUCAAGUUAGAUCAUCCAUGGAAACAUUUUUGUUCCCUGCCGUUCAACUCCAUGAAGAUUUGCCUCAGCAACUUGAAGGACUUCUUCCUCUGUUUGAUUGUGGCAGCACUUUGUCUAGUGGUGACAGUGAAUGCUGUCAGAUUGCGAAGAAAGUUCAAGUUUUAGGUACCAUCACUCAUUCCCAAGAACAUGACGAAUAAGGUUCAUUUCGCUUCUUCAGACUUGAAGGAUUCAAGUUUUACUAAGUUUCUUUCAUCUAAAAGAAAGGAGGGGAGAGAAAUUCCAAGCUUUCUUCUCAGUUACUACAGUCUACAAGAUCAACUCUUAAUUUCCUCUUUGCUUGUAAUAAAUUAUGCUUCAUGUU